AUGGCCGAAUACCACCCGUAUGAUCCCCUAGCUCAACAACGGCCGCCGCCCCCUCGCGGUUAUCCUGAUGCCAACAAUUACCAACGAGAUGCCGCAUACUCCAAUAUCUUUGGUGGUGCUCCUCCCCCGGGACGAUCACAGACAAUGACGUCGUCAUCUGCCCCCCCUCCCAUGGACCCGGGGAGAACGCAGACCAUGUCUUCUACGGCUUCUGGCAUGCAACGUCAACCGCCGCCGAGACCACAGCAAGGUUACUACGGCGAGCGAGACCCCAUGCCACGAAGACCCGUACCAAGUGACCCAAAUGCUGGAGGCGGCUACUAUCCGGGGCCGAGAUCGGCUUCGGGCGGGCAUCCACCGCCCUCAUCACAGUCACAUUAUGCUCAGCAAAACCAGCCGAGACGACCAUAUCCGGGCCCUGGCCGUCCUCUUCCCCCUCGGAUGGAGUCGCGGGGUCCGCCACCCCAGGCUGCAGGCGCGCGAUAUGGCCCUCAGAGCGGAUAUCAAGGCCCCCCACGGCCUGCAAUGAAUAGCGACCCUUAUCGCUCACAGUCUCUUGCAUCUGUUCCCCGGCCGCAAAUGUAUCAGCCGCCUCCGAGUUCAUACCAACAAUCGCCGGCAAAUCAAUUUCGUCAAGCUGCCUACUCUAAUCACAACUCAGCCAGGACAACAGCGCAGGGCCGGGUUGUCCCUGAACGUCAUCAUGACGACCGUUCCAUGUCAAUGACCGGCUCUUAUCACCCCAUGGACCGAGAUUCUCACCAAACAAUGAGUGGCCGCAUCAUUCCAAAUCGGAGGGCGCCAAGUGACAUGCCAAUGUCCAAUGGAUAUGCCCCCAACGGAGGCUACCAUACUGCCCCGGGAUCCCAGACACGAACUACCAGUAUGGCCUCGUCUGUUGGCUUUCCCGAACACGCCAGGACUAUGUCGAUGGCUUCUACCGCAGCCUCUACCAUUACACCCUCCGAAUCCGACAGCAUGACGCUCGUAAGCCGGCCCUCUAGAAGCAAGUCCAUCGAGAGCGAUCGACCACCCACCGCCACUAAGAUUCGCCCUCCGCUUGUUUAUCCGGCCCUGCUCUCAAGAGUCGCCGAGUGCUUCCGACGAAAAAUCAUUACUGGGGACCGCACCAAGAAUGAACUGACAUACAAGAAUGCCUUCAGCGGUUCUGAGGCGGUGGAUGUGUUAUCAUAUAUCAUCCGCACCACCGACCGUAACUUAGCCCUCCUGCUUGGUCGUGCCCUGGAUGCCCAAAAAUUCUUCCACGAUGUAACAUACGAGCACAGGCUGCGGGACUCGCAGUCCGAAAUGUAUCAGUUCAGAGAAACCCUUAUGGAGGAGCCUGACGAAAAGCCCCCUGUUAAUGGUGUCUUUGUGCUGCUGACCGAAUGCUACUCCCCUACCUGCACGAGAGAUCAGCUUUGCUACUCGAUUGCUUGUCCACGACGGUUAGAACAGGUUUCUAGGCUGAACCUGAACGCGAGCUCCGGCCUCCGAAAAGAUGAUGCUGCGGUGAUCAACGACGACGAGGUCGACCAAACCGACGAACAGAAGCUUUGGAUCAACACCGUACCGAAAGAAGUUGCCGAUGCAGUCGGUGAACGCGAAAAGAAACGACAAGAAGUCAUAUCCGAAAUUUGCUAUACUGAGAGAGACUUUGUCAAGGAUCUUGAAUAUCUCCGCGAUUUCUGGAUUAUACCUCUGCGAUCGAAGGCCUCACCCAUCCCGUUACAACGCCGAGAUAAGGUUGUCAAGACCAUCUUCAGCAAUAUCAUUGACCAUCCGAGUAUCCAUACCGUCAGCUCUCGAUUUGCCUCGGCCCUCACAAGCCGCCAGCAAAAGAACCCCAUUGUGCAUAAUAUUGGUGACAUCUUCCUCGACUACGUACCACAAUUUGACCCAUUUAUUUACUAUGGUUCCAAGCAGUUGGAAGGAAAGUUUGAUUUUGAAAAUGAACGAUCCGUAAAUCCAUUCUUCGCCAAGUUUGUGGACGAAAUUGAACGGCGGAAGGAGUCAAGAAAGCUGGAGCUCAAUGGUUAUCUUACCAAGCCGACCACCCGUCUUGCUCGAUACCCAUUGCUGCUGGAGAAUGUGUUGAAAUACACGGAGGAAGGCAAUCCUGAUAAGGAUGAUAUCCCCAAAGUUUUAACCAUGAUUCGAGAUAUUUUGGGCAGAGUCAACGCCGAGUCUGGAAAGGCGGAGAAUAGAUUCAAUUUGCGAAGACUUCAGGAACAGCUUAAAUUCCGACCUCAGGAACGAGUUGACCUCAGACUUACCGAAGACGGACGAGAGAUGGUGUUUAAGAGUCAAUUCAAGAAAUCGCCCACUGAUCCUGCCGAGAUCACUGCAUUCCUUUUCGACCACGCUGUCCUCUUGGUUCGCAUCAAGCAAAAUGGCAAGACGGAGGAGCUCAAGGCCUAUCGACGUCCUAUCCCGCUCGAACUGUUGGCUAUCCGGGAAAUGGAUGAGGUUAUACCUGGUAAAGGAAUGAAGCGUUCAUCGUCUAGUCUGAUUACAUCGAUCAGAACAAACAAUGCCGAAACGAGGAAGGGUGAAGGCUGGCCGAUUACAUUCCGUCAUUUAGGCAAGGCAGGCUACGAGCUGACACUAUAUGCUUCAAACCAGGCAGCCCGGAAGAAGUGGUUGGAGUUCAUUGACAAUGCUCAGCAGCGACUUCGUGCUCGUGCCGACUUUUUCAACACGACCAUUAUUUCGAGCAAUUUCUUUGUGGGCACGAACCAUGUCAACUGUGUUAUGCCAUUCGAUGGCGGUCGCAAGCUUCUUUAUGGUACAGACAACGGUGUCUAUCUAUCAGACCGUAAGAACAAGGCACAAAUCCCAAGACGAGUGUUGGAAACCCCCAACGUAACUCAGAUCGAUAUUCUGGAAGAAUACCAACUCCUGUUGGUGUUGUCCAACAAGACAUUGCAGUCAUACACGCUUUCCGCGCUCAACCCCGAUGAACCCGCCAUGAGUAAGCGACCGAAGAAGAUUCAGAACCAUUGCAGUUUCUUCAAGACGGGUAUCUGCCUGGGUCGACAUCUCGUCUGCUGUGUCAAAUCAUCCGCGUUGUCAACAACAAUCAAGGUGUUUGAGCCUAAUGACGCUAUGACCAAGGGUAAAAAGCAGAAGGGCCUUGGCAAAUUUAUGGCCGGUGGCCAUGACGAACUUCGACCAUUCAAGGAGUUUUACAUUCCCACAGAGUCAUCGUCAGUUCACUUCCUCAAGUCGAAGCUAUGCGUUGCAUGUGCGCGAGGCUUCGAGGUCGUAUCUCUCGAGACUCUGGAGACGCAGUCACUUCUGGAUCAGGCAGAUACUUCUCUUGAUUUUGUUGCACGUAAGGAAGGUGCCAAGCCGAUUCACAUUGAGCGUCUCAAUGGAGAAUUCUUGCUGAACUACUCUGAAUUCUCAUUUUUUGUUAACCGCAAUGGUUGGCGAGCAAGACCCGAAUGGCGGAUUGACUGGGAGGGAUCGCCCCAAAGUUUUGCACUCAGCUACCCCUGGAUUCUUGCGUUCGAACCCAACUUCAUCGAAUUACGCAAUAUUGAAAACGGUGCAGUGCAUAUUGUACCCCACAAGAACAUUCGUAUGCUUCACAGCAGUACUCAUGAGAUUUUAUUUGCAUAUGAAGAUGAGCGGGGAGAGGACGUUGUCGAAGCCAUUGAUUUUUGGAAGAAUGACAGAAGAUCCCAAAUCUUGAGCGGCCCUUCUUCUUCACCCCCCAAUCUAAGCAAUUCUUGA